AUGGCACCGUCACUUCAUCCCUUGAUCGACAACGGCCUCACCAAAGGCGAAUCCGACUUCAAUGGCGGCACUCUGCGCUGCCACUGCAAAUCCAACCCAGUCGAGGUCGAGCUCAAGGGCAACGUCCUGCACAAUCAUGUGUGCGGAUGUUCCCAAUGCUGGAAACCAGAGGGCGCCCUCUUUUCUGUUGUUGCCGUCACCCCCGACGAGAACGUCAAGGUCACCAAGAACGGCGACAAGCUCGCCGUGCUGAACCCGGAGGCCACGAUCCUCCGCAAGGCGUGCAAGGAAUGCGGCGUGCACAUGUACGGGCCGAUCGAGAAGGAUCACGCCUUCAAGGGCCUCAGCUUUGUGCAUGUCGAGUUGAGCGAUGACAAGGGGUGGCAGGAGCCGCAGUUUGCCGCGUUCGUGUCGAGUUUGAUCGAGCAAGGGUAUCCGCCGGAGAAGAUGGGCGAAGUCAGGCAAAAGUUGAAGGAUGUCGGGCUCGAGCCGUAUGACGCGCUGAGCCCGCCGCUGAUGGACGCUCUGGCGACAUAUGCGGCGGAAAAGUCGGGUAAGAAGAGCAAGCUGUGA